UCGGGAUACAGUAGAAUUAUGGCCGUAUAUCGUGAUAAAGUAGAAUAGUGGCCGAAUAUCAGGUGAUCUAGAAACAGUGGCAGUAUAUCGGGAUAACGUUGAAACAGCGGAGGUAUAUAAGGAUACACUAGGAAAGAGUGGCAGUAUAUCGGGAUACAGUAGAAACAGUGGCAGUAUAUCGGGAUAUAGUUGAAACAGCGACAGUCUAUCGGGAUACAGUAGAAACAGCGGCAGUCUAUCGGGAUACAGUAGAAACAGUGGCAGUAUAUCGGGAUACAGUUGAAACAGUGGCAGUAUAUCGGGAUACAGUAGAAACAGCGGCAGUAUAUCGGGAUACAGUUGAAACAGCGGCAGUAUAUCGGGAUACAGAUGAAACAGCGGCAGUAUAUUGGGAUACAGUAGAAACAGAGGCAGUAUAUCGGGAUACAGUAGAAACAGUGGCAGUAUAUCGGGAUAAAGUUGAAACAGCGGCAGUAUAUCGGGACACAGUAGAAGCAGCGGUAGUAUAUCGGGAUACAGUAGAAUUAUGGCCGUAUAUCGUGAUAAAGUAGAAUAGUGGCCGAAUAUCAGGUGAUCUAGAAACAGUGGCAGUAUAUCGGGAUAACGUUGAAACAGCGGAGGUAUAUAAGGAUACACUAGAAAAGAGUGGCAGUAUAUCGGGAUACAGUAGAAACAGUGGCAGUAUAUCGGUAUACAGUAGAAACAGCGGCAGUCUAUCGGGAUAAAGUAGAGUUAUGGCCGUAUAUCGUGAUAAAGUAGAAUAGUGGCCGAAUAUCAGGUGAUAUAUAAACAGUGGCAUAUAUCGGAUACAGAAGAAACAGCGCUGGUAUAUCGGGACUGGAAUACAGUAGAAAAAGUUGCAGUAUAGCGGGAUAAAUCAGGGUAUUGUAUAAUUGAUUGAUACUGAUGAAAAGAAGGUUGAUAAUCACCACAAAAUGCCGUUCAGGUUUUUUUAUAUAACCUCUCCCGCUCCUCAAUUCUGAUACUUGUUAUAUUCACGAUAUUACGCACAGACCCACGCUGCCCGGGGCGUCAGGGGGAAGCCUUUAUUCAAGGAAGAUGGGAAGAUAUUAAUACUGUUUAUGAAAGGGGAAAUGAGAGUGUGAAAGGUUUCAGUACAAGAUAUCUAAGUUGUUAUGACACAAGUCAGACAAGGACGUUGUAGAACCACUAGAUAAUGGAGCAAAACGAUUGAUCAACAGCGAGAUUGAUACACAUCAGUAUGUUGCAAAGUCGUCGCACACUGCCUGUCGUCUGAGAAGCCAGAUCUGGUCACGUGACUUCCUAAGUUCUCCUACUUCCGGUUCAGACUCGGUCAGAGAAAACGUGCUCAAGCAAACUUGUGACGAGCGAUUUUCAGAGAGGAUGUGUUGAGUGCCAUGGCGGCGCAGACAGGCGGCGUUGACAACUGGCAAGCCCGCUGUGACCUCGCCCAGAGUAACCUCCACAUGUUGACCAAUGAGAUCUCGUGUGACGUCCUGCUGUGGGUGGGUCAGGAGAAGACGGUGUUCCGCGCCCACCAGUACGUGUUGAUCAGUCGGAGCUGCGUGUUCAAUGCCAUGAUCUGCGGCAACCUCAGGCAGCAGGAGGACGGCCCCAUAAAGAUCCCAGACAUUGAAGCGGACAUCUUCGAGGAGUUCUUGAAGUUCAUGUACACCAAUGACGCCGACAUCAACCCAGACAACGUGACGGGCCUGCUGUACAGCUCCAAGAAGUAUGCCGUGCAGCUUCUCGAAGAUAAAUGUCUCAAGUACCUGGAGGACUCGCUCACCUCUGAAAAUGUUUGCGCUAUCUUGGAACAGGCACACAUAUACGACGAGGAAGGUCUCUAUGAGAAGGCUCUGAAGGCUGCCAAGUGCUCAGGGAAUAGGACCCUCAAAUCUGCAGGCUUCACGGAGCUGUGCAAGGAAUGCUUCAACAAGAUCAUUCUAGCUGAUGACCUUAGCGCUGCAGAGGAGUCUGUGUUCAGUGCUGCCAUCUCCUGGGCAAAAGAAGAGUGUAGGCGUCAGGUAAGGUUGAUAACUCCCGAUUCCAUACGCAACAUCCUCGGGCAGGCUUUGUAUCACAUCCGCUUCCCAUUGAUGGAACCUCGUUUCUUCGUACAGAAUGUGCGCCCAGAAAAACUUUUAACAGACCAAGAGUCAUUAGAACUGUUUGAAUACUACAUUUGCCCUGAGAAGGGGAUUCAGACAUUCAUUGUUAAGAGAAGAAAAAGUCAAAUUAUUGUGUCCAAAGACAGACUAAUCCGUGUUCAACGAUUCUCUGGAACUGACUUCCCGUGGUCAUGGACAUGCAGUGGUGGCGGGGAUGACUCCAUUCGGUUCUCGGUUAGUCAUGACGUCAUCUUGGUAGGCUUCAUGUUAUACGGCCCAUUUACACAGCAAGCAGAGGAGAACCGAGUGGAAUACUCGGUUCAGGCCCGAAUAUUUGAUCAGCGAGACUGUCCGAUGGCCCAGUCUCAAGUGGACACGGUGAUGGAGGUCAGUUACCAUGAUAAAUACAACGUGGUGAUGUUCCAGGAGAGAGUGGACAUCCACAGGAACCAGAUCUACACGCUAGUGGUCAACAUCAAGGGCCGUAAUACGCUGAAGGGCAUCGGGGGGAUGAAGAGGGCUGAGAGGGGAGGCGUGGUGUGGACAUUCAUGGACUCGGACAAGAGUACAAGGGGAACUAACUCUUCCAAAGGCCAGAUACCAGGCCUAGUGUACUGCAUGCCCACUGCGGAAACCGAAGACGACGUGUAGAGGUUUGAAUGAGUGAGUGAAUGUUGCCAUACAACGCAGUCAGCAAUAUUUAGCCUCUACAUAUUCGAGUCCGGCCCAGAAGACGCAUCCUUGAUAGCAUGAUAGUAAUAUAUACACCAUUGGGGAACGAUGACACACACUCAAUGUCAUCCGCACAUUGUACAUUAUAAUCACCCAGUGAUUUCAUGUUGCUGUUAGGUUUCCUGGCCGUGGGGACCUGUUGUAUCCCCGGACCCCGGGAGGUGAUCAGAGUCAUUGAAGCGCAACUUUGGUUCCUACAUUGUUUUCAGACAAAGUGUUUGAUUAUUAUUGUUUCCAUUAUAUCUGUUUGCAAUGAAGGUUGAGUGGUUCAUGAAACCACGACCAUGGCCCCCUGGAGCUGGAGGUGGAGCUGGAACCUGGCUCCUUUCUGCUGUCCACAACAUGGUUCAGAUGUGUCACAUGUGACAUACGACCAUGAGCCUCUGGCCCUGGAGCCUGGCUCCUUUCUGCUGUCCACAACAUGGUUCAGAUGUGUCACAUGUGACAUACGACCAUGAGCCUCUGGCCCUGGAGCCUGGCUCCUUUCUGCUGUCCACAACAUGGUUCAGAUGUGUCACAUGUGACAUACGACCAUGAGCCUCUGGCGCUGGAGCCUGCCUCCUUUCUGCUGUUUACCACAUGAUUCAGAUGUGUCACAUGUGACAUACGACCACGACCCUCUGGCGCUGGAGCCUGACUCCUUUCUGCUGUUCACCAAAUGGUUCAGAUGUGUCACAUGUUACAUACGACCAUGAGCCUCUGG